UCACUUAUGGUAUUUCAGCAUUACUUCCAUAUUACAAGUGACUUGGUAAAAUUCAAUUUCGAUAAAACACAAUUUACAAAAUGACUUGUGUCGCUCAAAAUACUAAAAAUAUAAUAAUUUACUUGUUGGUUGUUUGUUUAUUCCAGAUGGGCAACAUCCACACUAUACCCGUGCCUCAAAGUUCUCAGACGGCUUCCACACCCGACAACACGGCCUCGGAGACGGUGGACAAGACAAAUUCGAUGACCAAUGACGGGACAAAGACGCCAAUCAAUGGAGUGGAGAACGUCGGUGACGUAUUCAAGUCACUGGUAAAGAACACGGGCUCGACGGUAUCGAACGUCAGCAGCGAAACCGGUAAGUGUUUGAAGGAGAUUGCACAGGCCGGUGGCCGGGCCACGCUUGCUCUAGGAUACCUUUGCAGUCAACUGUUUGACGGCCUCAGCGCCACCGUGGCCACCAGUAGUGGUUACCUGGCCAGCGGUGUCAGGAACAUCGACGACAUCGUUGGAGAUUUGCCGAUCUUGGGCACGGUCACGGGCACCCUCGACGCAGUCAUGACGCACGUGUCCAACACCGUCGGUGAGAUGUCCGCCAACGGCCGGAAGAGCAGGCAAAAGAUGAUCGAUGGCCUACGCGAACACCUUAACCGGAGCAGUGGCCGUCUGCCGAGUAACGAAAGUUCUAGCACCAGCAGUGACAGUGGCAAGUCCGACUCUAUCGCCGCCGCAGCUGCGUAGUAUUUUGAGACAAUUUGGGCAUCAGAUGUCGUUAUAAUGUUAAAAAUUGUAUUUUUUGGUACAAAAAAAAAAAAAAUCCAAAACACGUCUCUCGUAACUUUGUUGUCCUAAACUUUUUUAUCUAAUAUAUUUUCCGUUUCCGCGACUGUUGAUCGUGUGUGCAGUAUAUAGCCAAUUAUAACAUUAUUUAACCCUUCGAACGUGGACAUCAUUGGCGUUUCUUACACACUUUUGUGUUAGCUACCUACCCAAUAAACGUACGCAAUUAUUACUGUGACCUCUUUCAAUCAUAAUUUAGUUGAACGUGACCCUCUGGGUGGAGCUCAACAUACCGCCCAUGGAGUAUGGACCCAUAAAUCAUAAAUGUACAGCUGCUUUCCACUUGCUAUUUAAAUACGGCAAAUACAGUCCUUCUAAACCACAGAUUUCAAUACUCUUA